GCUAUUAAUAAUAAAUAUUUAAUACGUUUAAAGAUAAACAAGAGGCAAAAAUUUCAUAAAAAUUCAAAGUAAAAUGAUGGCGAAGUACGGCGAGAUUACAAGGUCGACAAACAAGUCUUAUACAUCAGCGAAAAAUAAAUUAAAUAUAUAUAAUGAUAUCAUAUGCAAAUAAAUUUGCAUAUUUUUGACCACUUUAAAUCCAAAUAAAUGUAUUAAUUAGUAAGAACGGUAAUGAGCAGCUCAAAAGAGAAGGAACAAAAUUUGAAUGAUGAAUGUGGAAGUGCGGCACCAGGCUGGAGCGAGUAUCCACUCACAUAUACAGACAACACCAAUAUUUGCCCCACAACGCCGGACAGUAGUUACAUUAGUAUUGCUGCUGUUUCUUAUGAUUCUGGGAAUUUUUCUAGCCAUUCCAACGUAAGUGCCAACUCCAGCCCCUUUUUGGGAGUGGAAUUACACAACCAAAAUGUGUACCAACCAUCACAGGAACAAUGUGAUAAAGAAAAAACUUUAUUUAUGGCUUUACAAGAUGUGCGUACAUUACGUAGCCAAUUGGAGCGCCUUAGCAAAUCUGAACAAUGGUACAAAAAAGAGUUGCGUGCGCAAAAGUGUACACGUUUGGAUGCCAUGGAACGUUUGUAUGCACAGGAACGUAAAUAUAUGCAAGAAAACCAGCGUCUGCAGCGUGAAUGCAUGCGUUUGUAUGAAAAAUGUGCCAAUAUUGAAAAAGAAUUUGAGGCUAGCAAGGUGAAGGCAGUUAAGCUCUGUGAAGAGCAACAACGCCGCACUACAGAUUUGGCAUUUUGCCAGGAUGUGAGUGUUUUUGAAAUUGAACAACAAAAGGCCAUAAUUGAUGAUCAACAAGUGCUAAUAGAAGUUCUACGCAAACAGAAGCAAGCGCUGAUAACAGACCUGAAACGUUUGGCAGAGGAAAGAGACGAGAAGAUCUUGGAACUGCAAGUAACACUUGCUGGUUGUGAAGUGGAUAAUAAUCGUAUGGUCAGCAAAUGCAAGGAGCUUAUGCAUCAACGUCGGGACUUACAAAGAACCAUUGAUGAAAAAGAAACAAAAUUUUUAAGUGAAAAUGCAGAAAAAUUGAAAGUAGAAAAUCUUCUUAGCGAUUUACGCGCAGAACUGCAGAUUAAAGAAGAUUUAUUAAAACACAAAGAGGAGCAAAUACUAGAAUUACAAAAUGAAUUCAAAAAAAAUUUAACUAAAGAGGCGAAUGUUGAUGAAGUGCAUCGAUUGAGCAUGACAUAUCACAAAGAAAUCAAUGAUAAGACAAGGGAACUGGCACAAUUGAAGUGUACUCUCAUACAGUUGCGGGAGGAACUUGAUUCAUUUGGAGAGUUGAAAACGAAGAAUGAACAACAGGAGCGACAAAUAGAGCAUAUAAAUUUUAUGCUGGAUGCACGCCAACUAGAGUUGGAGCAGUUACAGAAAACCAAUGUGGAGAAAACGGAGCAAAUUAAUGAACUGCAUGUGAUAUUGGAGCAACAUAGAGGUGAGAAAAAUGUUGCUUUAGAGGAACUUCUAACCACACAAACAUCACUGAAGGCACUGGAAAGAGAGCUGAUUGUGCUAAAUGAGCAAUAUGCGAAUCUAUGUGCAUUGCACGAGCGUACCAAGUUCGAGUUGGAGUUACGUAUGAUCGAGCAAGGAAAGUUAAAUUUUAGAACAGAACAAGAUAAGAUAGAAGUGGAGCAGUUAAGAAGUAGAUUAAGUACAUAUCUGAAACAAACUAGUGAGUUAAGUGCACGUAUAGUUGAGUUGGAAGCUAAGCUGGAUAUGAAGGAGCAAGAGAAGGUGGAUUUAGAAACGAGAAAUAAUGUUGGACUAGAGAAUUCAAAUCAAAAUAAGAAUAUUGAGGUAAUUGAGUUUGACGAGGAGCUUUUGUUGAGUGAUGAAGUCGAUAACAUACCAAAAGAGAAGGAUGAAAUCAACUUUACGAAGAUAUCUGAAGUUGACUGUGAUGAUGAAUUGAAAAAUACAGAAGAAAAUGUUUCAAAAUUGAAUAUUAUUGAAAAUUUUAAUGCUCUUGAAGUAAAUAAUAAUAAACAAGUACAUGUGGAGCUGCAAGAAGUAACCCCAGUAGAUAAUAAACUAGACACAUUUCAAAGUGGUCUGAGCGAAGAAGGUGCAUUGAAAAACAAAACUGAUAUUAAAGUCAGAGCUGUUAUGAAUAAAGAAAAUGUUUUGAAUAACUUGCUAAGUACAAAUAAUUCAAAAGUUGAAGACGUAAACUAUUUUGCAGCAGUUUCACAAACACCACAAACAGUGCAAAGACUGGACAAAACCAAGCAACGAAACUCAGAAAACUCCUCACUAGUUGCAGAAAAUGUAAGGGAAUGUACAACGUUAUGUCAAGAAAUUACACGGGAGGAAAUCGAUUCCUCUAACCAAAACAGCGCUAUGAAUGCGAAAAUGAAAUUGUUCGAGACUUUAAAAGAAAUUAUACGAAUACAUAAUGAACAAAAGGCGCCACCACAGUUUCAGGACAUUGUUAGUCUCAGUGCUAUAAUGCAAGAAAAUGAAGAAUUGAAACAGAGUUUAGCUAAAGUAACUGAAAAUGAAGAAAUUCUCAAACUGCAAGCGCAGCUGGAAGAUAAAGCGUUGGCUAAGGAAAAUUUAGAGUUGAAAUUGCAAAAACAAUAUGAUGACAUGGAGUCAUUAAGAAAAGCAUUUCUGAAAAAGGAUGCUGAGUUAUAUAAAUGCGAGAAAGUAGCUAAAUGUAACGAGGAGCACAAAAAUUUACUCGUAACUCAUAACGAAAAACAUUAUGAAGAAUUAAAAGGUAAAUGUGAUAGCUUACAAAAUAUAGUAAACAAUUUAGAAGCUAGUAAAUUAGCCACAGCACAAGAACUAAGCGCCUCAAAAACGCAAGCAGCUAGCGUGGCAGCACAAUUUGAAGAGGCAAAAAAAGAUCUUGAUAAGCAGAACGAAAUAAUAGCCGCACAACAAGUAGAAAUAGAAAACCUUACUAAAGCUGAACACAUAACUCAACCAAUUAUUGAACAGUUUGACAAAGAUAUUCAAACAGAUACAACUGAUCUAGACAGCUGUAUUGCAAAUAAAUCUUUAUUAGCGGAAGUCGAAACGCCGACUAAUACAAAUAAAAAGGAUGUUGCCACAUAUAUACGUGGUGUUAUACCUGUCUUCCUCGAUGCAGAGCAACAUGCUCAACUAACAAAUUCGAAAAAACAAUUAAGAAUAUUAUCCCAGCCUGAAGAAGAGCACGAUAUGCUUCUUAACUCUGCCAAUAAAUUCUAUAACGAAGAGAAUUCCAAAUCGGCAGAAAUUAAAAUUUUAAAAUCAGACAUUGUGGAACUGGAAGAGCAAUUGCUUAGCAAAACUGUUGUAGAUGUAGAAAAUAACAAGAAGCGUAUUGAUAUGCUAACAGAGUGUCUGCAAUGUAAAAAUGAAAAAAUUCAGCAAAUCAAUGAUUCAAAAGCAGAUUGGGAGGAAUUAUUAUUGGCCUUAAAACAAGCACAUGAAUUAGAAGAAAGCAACAGAAGUGAAUUGGAAAUAAAACGAGCGGAGUUAGAGGAACUCAAUCAAAUAUUUGCCGAACAAAAUAUCGAAAUACAAGAUUUAUUAAGAUUGCUACAAGUAACCGAUCAGCAAUAUCAUACUGAACAAUUAAAAGAGAAAUCCAAAUAUGCGCAGAGUUUGGCAGUAUUAGAAGAGACUUUAAAGGAGAAGAUUACAGAAAAUGAAAAACUAGAGUUUCUAAUUGCUGAACUUAAUUUAGAUAAUGAAAAAUUACAAAAUGAUGUAAAUGAAAUUAACUAUAAAUUAGUUUCUGAACAUGAUGAAGCUCUGGCUCUAUUACAAAUCAAAAUUGAAGCGAUAACAGUUGAACGUGAUGAAUAUCAGAAAAAAAUACAAGAAUUAAAAGAUCAGCUAAGUUCACAGCAAGUAACUAAACGUAAUGCAAUAUUCUUCCCAACAAUUACUACGGACCUAGACCUUAAUGAGGAAAAUACAACACCUUCCUGUAGUGAUAGUGAAACUACGAUAAGUUCUAAAUCAUCCGAUGAUCAUUUGCGUAUACUGACAAAGGUACUGGAGUCAGAAUAUAAACGAAAAAUACAACGUUACGAUUUACACACAAAUACUUUACUUAAAAAUAUAAAAUCAUUGAAAAAAGCACUAAGAGCUACUAAACAGAAAGCAACUUUAUUGAGAGAACAACAAAAGAAGACCGAGGAAGAUUUAUCUGAUUUACAAACAACCAAAAGGCUUUUAGAAGAGAUGCGCCUCAAAUAUGAACAAAGUCAACUAAAAAUAAAGACACUUGAAGAAAGUUUGGAGAAUGAACGGAAGAAAUUUGAGGCAUCUGAUUUUGGUAAAUCAGCACGGGAAGAUCCUGUGCAUGAAGUGCCCAAUUUAAUUGACGAUUAUAAAAAGUUAAUACAACAAUCAGCUCUCACCACAGGUCGUCCAAAAACUAGUGCAGUAUUAGAUUUAAUAAAGCGUAGCAAUCAAUGUGUGCCAAACUUGAGUAAACUCGAAACUAAUAUUUAUGAAUUAAGAGAUGAGUUCAAAGAGUAUAUCAUGAACUACACGCAGCAUGGAGGAAAAUCGCAUAAUUUUACAAUACAAAAGGAAACACCGUCGUUGAUGGAAGAAUUAUUAGCCGCUGCAGAUAACUAUUAAUUAAGUAACUAAAUUAGUUUAAAAAGUAAACCGAUAACUAGUCUUUAUUCUUUUAAAGUUCCCUUCAAAUAUUUUUGUUUAAGUUUAUAUUUAAUAUGUCAUAUUUAUUUAAAAUUUAUUUUAUAUUUUGUUUAUUAUUUAUUGAUUUUAAACCCUUUAAACCCUAGAAUGUGAAGGGUAUUAAAGUUUCGAAGGGACUAAAACCA